AUGUCAGCUAGCAGUCUAUCGUCCUUCUUCGCAUUCGGUUCAGGUUCAGGAAAUACUUCGGACAGCGAUGAUGACGAUGGAGUUUCGCUGUCCAACACGAGUACUGCGUCUGCGGAUCUCGAGCAUCACCCGAUCCCGGACCAAGCUCAUGAUGCGGAAUCAGCUAUCAAGGCAGUAACGCCCUCGAAACUCAAGGAAAAUGAGCGUCCAGUAGCUGAAGAGCAGCCUCCUGGACAUAUUGCGGCCGCAGAUACUAAGAAGCGUCUGCAGUUAUUGGAUCUCCCAGUCGAUAUCUUAAAAGAGAUCGUCAAAGAGGUAACGCAUACGAAUGAUCUCACAUCGCUGUGCCUUACCUGUUCUGCGCUACAUUCGCUGGCCAUUCCUCACAUGUACUCACGAUUCGAUAUUGUAUGGCCAGAUACGUUAUCAGCGGCGGAACAUCCCGCCGGAGUGGAUGCCCUCUCGUACGGACUUGCGACAUUAGUUAUGGGCGAGGACGUCUUUACAGAGAUUCCUCGAAAAUACACUCAGCCUUCUAGGCGUAGCCCUUGUCCGCACUGCGGCUGCAACAGCUGCCACCCUACCUCGCCGACCAUAAUAGACCCGAUUCAGACUCAGACCAGGAAAUCUCGUCGUGGGAACUACUUUGCACAAUAUACACGGAAAUUCUCUGUUGGAAACGGACCACUCACCUGGGUACAAGAAUAUUCCAUCACGAAGGAGACAGGGAAGAUGCUUGGUACCCUGGUUGCGCUGGCGGUUGCAAGGAUGGUGAACCUAGAAUCCUUCGUGUGGGACAUGCCCACAGGGGUAUUACGAGAUGUCUGGAUGGCACUAUCAUCGCUAGCUGAUCGACCGGGGCACGAAUGCCGGUUAGAACGUGUCUGGGUUCGAUGGCACGACAAUUCCGAGAACCCAGCGAGUGUCAUGGCGCCAAAUGCGUCCGGCUAUCAAACCUCGCUCCAGCGAUAUAGUCAUGUCGAAUAUCCGACAUUAUCAAUUCUACCAGCUCUGAAGAGCCUUAGUGUCUUGGACAUAGACGAGCCGUCGUAUCUGGAGGAGAUGGCUGUGCUCAUUGAACGUUCGCGGGAGAAACUCCGUGAGCUCCGUAUCGGAAUCUCGAUGAAGGCACACCUAUCGCCAUGGCUCAGACCGUUGGAUGAGCGGGAAUCCGAAGAGGAUGCAGUGGCUAGUGAUAUUCCUAAUUGGCCAAGGAUCGGAGGUGUUCUAGACAUUCUUCUGGGGACACAUGACGAAGAAGACCACAAUCGUACAAUUGGCGUUAAAAGUACGGAGCAGGCAAUCUCUGAGAAGCCUGUUGCAACCAAUAGUGAAAAUAUCGAGAAUCACGAGCCCGACGAGGGAAAUGCUCCUGAGCAGUUAGACGAUACUCACAGUACCGCCGGUCAGGUUGUUGUUCCUAUAACAGAACCACCAGAAGGUGCGAAUUCGGACAGAAGCACCAGUUCUGGGGGCGAUCCUAGCGAAGAAGUGGCCGCUAUGUCCGCAACGUCGCAAGAGAUGCCAUCAUCUGAUGAUACUACUAAGACUCAAGUUGUGGUCUCGAAACAUCCCAUGAGGAUACAGCACGAGGAAACAAAUUCACAUACUGUAUCUAAGCCGUCUAAACUGAAACUAGGGCUGCUGGAGCUGGAACGCAUUAUUCUUUCCAUCCCGACCAUCAUGAAUGCUUUAGACUGGCGCCAAUUGACAAGCCUUACCAUUCUUCGCUGUGAAGGUCAUGAGAAGCUCUGGCGAGCCUUGCGGAGACAAUAUGCCCCGUCUUCGCCUACAUCAGAAAGGUCAGGUAUCCGAGGCAAAUUGCACGAACGAAAGGAUUCACGAUCAUCACCCGAGUAUCCUUUACGAAUAAAGUCUAUUCAUACAGAUGCGGUGUCUCCUUAUCUCAUACUAUUUUUGAAGGAGACUAUCGCUCCCAACAGUCUUGAGAGCAUCUUUCUGCAAGAGGGACCUAUGUAUGAGUCAGUUGUGCCAAUCAAAGGGAUAUUUCGCCAUAUUAUUCGUAGGCAACGCGCGAGCCUGAAAAGGAUCCUCGUUGAUAGCACUGAAAGGACGCCUGCUGGCAUUGAGGUGUCCAACGGCAAUUGGAGGAAAUGGGUCUUCGACAGAGAAAUGCUGUCGUUCAUCACCAGCGGACAAAUGCCGCAUCUCCAUGAACUUGGAAUGGCUAUAAAUCAUAGAGAUUGGCACUUCUUCCUCCAGCGCCUACCAUACGUAUUCCAAUUGCGCUCUCUAUACCUACCGAAUAUCGAUCCGGUUGAUCGUCGAUUGCACGUCGAGCCCAAGGAGCUGGCUCUUCAAAUACUGGAUAUUGUCACUUUACGACCCGAGAUUCAGCUGUGUUAUUUAGGUAUACGGAAAAAGUGCUACGAAAUCAUUGAAAGGACAUCGAAGCAAGAUGCUUUCGACGAUGUCGAGAUCUCGCAAGAUGACCUUUCGCCUGACUCCGGUGGGCCUGAGGAUGAGGACGAAAUAAACAAUGACGACGAAGAUGCCGAUAGCGACGACUUCUCGGACGGCAACAAUGAUUAUGAUUCAGAUAUUUUCGACUCCGCAAGCGCUAGUGAGUCUGAUGACAACUUUCAUGCCAGCAGAAGCCGGGUCAGCUUUAGGCUGCGGGAAAUCCUCUUCUACGAUGAUAAGGUGUCAAUUUUCAGAGCUCGUCACGGUGAGCUGUAG